GUGGCAACCGGGACGCAGUUGCAAGUGAGCUCAUCCGCUACGACCAGGCUUAAACAUCGCCAGCUCAAUUGGGAAUUGGAAAGGCUGCCGUCGUCUUUGCAACACCCCAAUUCCGCAAGAAUGGCCUCCUUCCCAACCGCUGUGCGGUCCAGCCGACGGAUUGCGCUCAACUUUGUUCAACGACGUCCCAUCUCCGACAUCACCAUCACUCGCACCGGGAAGCCAAUUCUACGAACUCAGGGUGGACGAUCAUCACUUGGAGGCCACACUGCUACGGUAUUUGGCGCAACGGGGCAGCUUGGACGAUACAUUGUCAACCGAUUAGCUCGUCAAGGAUGUCAGGUUGUAAUCCCAUACCGAGAGGAGAUGGCCAAGCGCCAUCUCAAAGUUACGGGUGACCUGGGCCGUGUACACUUUCUCGAAUACGACCUAUACAACACCGAAUCCAUCGAAGCCAGCGUUCGACAUUCCGAUGUGGUCUACAAUUUGGUCGGCCGUGAAUACCCAACCAAGAACUACAGCCUCGAGGAUGUGCAUGUCGAGGGAACGGAGCGAAUAUGCGAAGCUGUUGCGAAGUACGAUGUCGAUCGCUACAUCCACGUCUCGUCGUAUAAUGCCGACCCCAACUCGUCCGUUGAGUUCUUCCGCACAAAGGGUCUUGGAGAACAGGUUGCCCGCAGCAUCUUCCCGGAGACCACCAUAGUCAGACCAGCACCUCUGUUCGGAUUCGAGGACAGGCUUCUCCUGAGACUGGCUGGUGUUACCAACCUGUUCACAUCCAACAACAUGCAAGAGCGAUAUUGGCCAGUGCAUUCUAUCGACGUUGGUCGGGCUCUUGAAAUCAUGCUGUACGACGACACUACGGCUGGACAGACAUACGAGCUCUAUGGCCCUAAGAAUUACUCGACAGAAGAGAUCGCUGAGAUGGUAGACCGCGAAAUCUUCAAGAAGCGCAGGCACAUCAACCUGCCGAAGGCUGUGUUGAAGCCCAUUGCGGCAAUCCUGAACCGCGUUCUUUGGUGGCCAAUCAUGUCCGCAGAGGAAAUCGACAAGGAAUUCGUCGACCAGCAGAUUGAUGAGACGGCAAAGACGUUCAAGGACCUGGGAAUGGAAAACCUUGGAGAGAUUAGCGAUUAUACAUACCACUACUUGCAAGGAUUCCGUAGCUCGUCAUUCUAUGAUUUACCGCCCGCAACAGAAAAGGAGAAGCUGGAAGACAAGAAGUAUAUCCAUGUGCUGGAUGAACUAUGAAGAAGCACCUUUCGCAAGCGCGUCUACUACGGGUAAAUGAGAAAAACUCGAUUGCACUGUACAUAUACACUAGACUCAGAGUUUCCUUGCCUCCUUGCCUCAAUUUCCAGUUCGAAAAGUGUACAUGAUUGAUUCCGGGGCCGUUGUAUUGGUUGGGAAGUUUUCGACCUUUCGGCGGCAUCUCAAGAGUUUCUGCCGAUGAACUUUGUGGCCGAACUUGUGACUCCAAAAAAUUGUUUUCAAGCUGGCAA